AGAGGCCAUGUGCAGGAUCCCAACGACAGGAGACUCAGACCCAUAUACGGUACGGGCUCAGUGGGGAGAUCUUCGUGUGUGCGUGUCUGGAGAUUACCUUGAUAAUGGCAACAAUAAAAUGGCGAUACAGCAGGCAGAUAAACUGCUGAAGAAACAUAAGGACCUGCACUGCGCCAAGGUCCUGAAGGCUAUUGGUCUUCAGAGGACUGGAAAGCAGGAUGAAGCUUUCACUUUGGCCCAGGAAGUGGCCACUCUAGAGCCCACUGAUGACAACUCACUACAAGCUCUGACUAUCCUGUACAGAGAGAUGCAUCGUCCCGAGUUGGUCACCAAGCUGUAUGAAGCUGCAGUGAAGAAGGUUCCCCUCAGUGAGGAGUAUCACUCUCACCUCUUCAUGGCCUACGCUCGUGUCGGGGAGUACAAGAAGAUGCAGCAGGCAGGGAUGGCCUUGUAUAAAAUUGUUCCCAAGAAUCCGUAUUACUUCUGGUCUGUCAUGAGUCUGGUGAUGCAGGCCAUCUCAGCACAGGACGAAAAACUGGCCCAGACCAUGUUCCUGCCUCUGGCCGAACGCAUGGUGGAGAAAAUGGUUAAGGAGGAGAAGAUCGAAGCAGAGGCAGAGGUGCAGCUGUACUUUAUGAUCCUGGAGCGCUUGGGAAAGUGUGUAGAGGCUCUCGAAGUGAUCAGGGGUCCACUUGGGGAGAAGCUGACCAGCGAGCUGCAGAGCAGAGAAAACAAGUGUAUGAUGCUGUACCAGCGACUGCAGCGCUGGCCGGAGUGCAACGCCUUGGCCCACAAGCUGCUUCUGAAGAAUCCUGAUGAUUGGCAGUUCUAUCCCUCCUACUUUGACUCGCUCUUCCACCUGAUGGAUCAGUCGUGGAGUCCGCCGGAAGAAGGCGAGCACUGUUCGGAGGGUGCCGUACAUCACACUGUGGCUGAGGUGGUGAGGUUUGUGGAAGAGCGGAUUAAGGGGGAGGACAGCAAAGAGUCUCGUUCGCUCAGAGGGCCGUAUUUAGCUCGGCUCGAGUUAAUGCACAGACUGAGAGAACGGGGCUGUCCAGAGGAAAGCCUGCUAGGUGAGCCUUUAGAUCUGAUGGUGCAGUUCUUCGGGAAGUUUGGAGACAAACCCUGCUGCAUCACCGACCUAAAAAUAUACCUGCAUCUGCUGUCUCCUGAGCAGCACGUUCAGUUCAUUAACCAUCUGAGUGAAGCGGUUCCUCUGGGGGAGCAGGGAGAGGAGGGAUUUGCUUUUCCAGAGGACACCAAAGCACUACAGAGGCAUUUGUGUGUGUGUCAGCUGAGUCGAGCGCUCGGGCUGCAUCACAGCCUCGACGUGGACGGAAAACUGCGGCUUAUCACGGAGCUCAAGGCUCACUACCGUCACGGGCUCAAGUUUGGGAAGAACGCUCUGAAGACGGAGCUGCAGUUCUCUGAUAUGUAUUGUCUCAUGGCAGCUCAUGUAUACAUUGACUUGUGGACAGAGACGGGGGAUGAGAACAUGGUGUGGCAGUGUUUGGGUCUCCUCCAGGAGGGUCUGUCCCACAGUCCCUCCAACGCCCAGUUCAAGCUGCUGCUCCUGCUCCUCUACUGUCACCUGGGAGCCUUUGAGCCUGUGGUGGACCUUUACUCCAGCUUGGAUGCCAAGCACGUACAACACGACACCAUAGGGUUCCUGUUAACACGUUACGCUGAGUCAUUGGGUCAGUUUGCUGCAGCCUCCCAGUCCUGUAACUUCUCCCUCAGGUUUUUCCACUCUAACCAGAAAGAUACCUCAGAGUACAUCAUCCAGGCGUAUAAGUACGGUGCGUUUGAGAAAAUCCCAGAGUUCAUCGCUCUCAGGAACAGGUUGAACCAAUCGCUGCACUUUGCCCAAGUCCGCACUGAGAGGAUGCUGCUGGACCUGUUCCUUGAGGCUGACAUUGUUUUGAGUCUGGAGGAAAGUGUGAAGGCCAUGUCUCUGUCUGCAGAGGAGGAUGACAUCCCCUGGGACAAUAUGAGGGACAACAGAGACCUUACUGUCUUUACCAGCUGGGACCCGAAGGAGAGACAGCUAACCGACGAGCACCGGCGUCGCUCUCUGGAAGAAGAGUCUGUCUGGCUGAGGAUACGCUCUCUGACGCUCCGCCUCCUCGCCUAUGUGGCCACCCUGGGACACACACCCUCGCAGCAAAACUCCGAGAUGGCCAACGAGAACGGAGUCGGCGACAAGACCUCGAUCCUCAGCGGCCUGCUGUUCCAGCUCAGCCAGACUCUGCAGACAGCCGCUCAGCUGGCAGAAAAACGCAUUCAGUUUCCAUUCCUGGGACCACCCUCCACCCGCCUGGCUCAAGCUCUGUCCAGUGGGAGCUGCCAGUGUCAGGCUGCAGCCCUCCAGCUGUCUGUCCACCUGCAGGAGCUGGAGACCGCUGGACUCGAUGAGUCGUCAGAGCUUCAAACCCAGAUCUGUAACGGUUUCAAAUCAUUAGUAGUACAGCUUCAAGAAAUGCAGAAUAAAUGCAAAGGGGAUUUAUUGGAAAUGAAAGAGAGCACAUUAAAAACCUGGCCCUCCUUAUUAGAAAACCUUAUCUUCUUUGUUGAGACAAUGUGCGUAGUGUUGUGGAUCGCUAGUUACUGUGCCAAGAUCCUCCGACCACUGAAGACGAGUCUACAGAAGAAGAAAAAGAAGAAAAAGGACGCAAACACAGCUCUGCCAGUGGUGGUGAGUGGGUUCCAGGAGCUCACAGGGAGCUUGCAGGACCUGCUUACCCAGGCUUUGGAGCAUAUAAAGGGGCAGGAGACUGGCAUGAUGGCCCUUAAACUGGCCAGUUUAACCUUGGAAGGAUACACACAGGAGGAGGCGUCGUUUACGAAGGCUGCUAUGGACAAGGUGCAGAGCAGUUACCUGCGCUCGCUACAGGAGGUGGGAGAUCUGCUCAAGAAGAGAGCGGAGACUAUAAAGAACCUCAAGAUCUGAACACCAUCACACACCCCGAAUUAAGAUGACUAUACUCCCACCGUCAGACCCCCGCGCCCCACACCACUGUCUGUCAGCCCACCAGCUAACCUGCGAGUCCUGUUUUCAUCUGUGGUCCAGCAAACGCAGGCCCGACCCGCCCGUCACACUCGUUUCUGACCUCCUUCCUUUCCUGCAUACUCCUCAUUCGCCGUUUGUGAGCUUUCGGUCUGGAUUUCUUUUUCUGUCCUUUCACUUCAACACACACCUCUGGAACAUUUGCAACUCUUAUAGCACAUAAGCUUGUAAGUAAACUCAUGAAUUUAUACAGCAGUUAUAAGUGAAAAUGAGGAAAAAAAAACACACAUGCUCCUUUAAAAUAAAUAGAGCAAAUUAGGAAAAAUGAAUAAGCAGUUUUAGAUGAACUAAUCUAAUAAAUUAUUGUACAUAGUAAAGAGAAACUACCACAACUCCUUGACUAAAUGAGAAUAUAAGACACAAUAAACCACUAUUGUUGGUCAGUUACGUUUCAUCUUUAUUCCUCGUUUUGGUUUGUUUUGGGGUUUUUUUCCUGGCAACUCCGACAACAAUCGAAGUAAAACACAGUGACACACACACACACACACACGUCUGAGGAGGAAAGUUCAUCAAAUGUGCUGCUUUUCCAGCUGUUUCUCUCUUUCAAGAGCAAACAGGCACAAUUUUGCAUUUAACUGAUGCACUCUGUGGAAAUAUGGACGCCCCGGCUACCAGCAGAAAGCCUUCGGAUCCAAGUUUCUCUUUCAAGAAUUAUUUUGUCACCCCCUUUUUUUUUGCUUUUUGUUCUUACUUUUUGCUUUGUGUAUCUUGUGUGUGGCUUUGAUACUGAAAGUGGAACCACCUCUGUAGUUGCAGUAUUAUAAUGAGAAAUGUUGGUAUAAGUUCAGUAACCAACAGGACAUUUUUUUAAUUGGAUUAUCUGCCACAGUGGUUUCUUUCUUUCUUUCUUUCAUUCUUUCUUUCUUUCUUUCUUUCUUUCUUUUUCAAAUACCAGUAGAAGUGGUGCUUGUAAACAUGUGGAAAUGGUUUGUUCCAGCACAAAGGAAAAAAAUCAGGCAUGGAUCAAAUAAUCACAAUCCUUUAAGACUGGACUGAUUAUAAAUAUUUAAGAGACUGUGUGCGAUUAUCUGAAUAUGAAUGUUCACCAAAAACAGUAUGUUUUCUACUCAGAUAUCCAGGAUUUAUCGUUUCCUCCGAUGCUGCAGACGUGGAGAGUCUUUCUAACCGUGUGAUAAAUGCAUCAGUAUGCAACCACUUUAUUUUAAUCAAGUGAAGAGAAAGAUCCUGAUAAGAGCUUUUUCAUGGACACCUGUGUAUUUAAUCACACAAUUACAAAUGCAAAAAUGAAAACGGUUUGACAGAUGCUAGAAUUUAUAAUUUGCCAUAUGCGUUCUAGUUCAGUCUAGACCAGAUCACUGAGAGGAUUUUGUCUGACCCAGAUCUGAUUGUACAGACAGUUGCUUUCACCAACAUGCAGUUGUGUAGAAUAUCAUGUUCUGGGAUCAUAAACAGCUCAAACCCGCAGAGAGAGAUGUGUUUCGCAGACAAACAUUGGACCUAAUUGUAAAUAAAAGUCGAGGCAGCCUUUUCAGAGUACAGCGUGCGAGGACAUUAGUGUGUUUUAAAAGCAGCUGCAGUAGAUUCUAUGAGAUUUGUCCUGUGUUCAUGUUUUUGUCAUUCCCACCAACUCUUCCCCAAAAAAGACUCAUGAACCAAAACAGCGUCAUCAGCCUCAGCAUCUUCUCCUGUUACAAAUAACCAAUGAGAAAUAACCCAGAGAAAAAAAAGCAAAGACAUAGUUUACAAAUAUCAUCGAGGAGCACUGAGAGAUGAUUGCUGUCACGGCAGGAAGUGCACAGUUGGGUUUUUGUUUUACUGUUUUAUUAAGAAUUUGGCCGAGCAAUGUGAAGAAGUGAGUAGAUGGUGAGUCCUCCCCUUCCUGUUCGUCUUGUAUAUGCAUACAAUCUCACACACAUCUGCUAAUAAAAGCCUUUUUUUUUUUUCUUUUUUUUUUUUGAAGAGUUGAGCCCAUCUGUUUGAAUGGAGAAGGCGUUUGUGAUCAUGUGUUGUUGAGGUUCAGAAUAAUGGUUGACAAUCUGGAGUGUCAUCACCACCCUCUUUUGUUAGAAAAUGGAAAACAGAAACACUGGAAUGUCAAAGCUUUUUUUUUUUAAAUAAAAAAGGAUAAAUGUGA